AUGGUCAAAGACACGAAGAAGAUGGCGCGCAUGGGACUAUUUCCCAUAGGAGCCAUAUACUCCAUUAGAAAGGCAUUUCUCAAGGAUGCAAAAAGCAUUGAUAACAAGCUUAUACAAAGCCUCUUUCUCCCUUGCAACUACGCUUUUGGAUCCCUUCUUUUAUUCGGUGCCAUUGCUCUGAGCAUGCCUCGCCCCUGGUCAUUCCUCCAGAAGAUGCACGGAUCCCUCUUUGCUCUCUCCUCCCUCUGGAUAAUGCUCUCCAGAGCGACUAAAAGCAUCCUGGCCCCAAGAAUUGCUGUAUUUGCGCAGCACUACAUGUCCGGAUACUUCCUGUGCGGGUCAGUCUUUUCCUGGGAGAAUCUCCCCCUUCUUUCGCUGAUAUCAAAGGAGAUCUCCCCGAAUACGCACUGGGACUUUAAACUCGGAUAUCUGGUGCUGAAUAUUGCGAUAUACUCGCAGACGUACGCUCUGUUCCUGUUCAACCGCCAGCUAAACUUCCCCAUUUCAGACUUCGGAUACUUCGGGUGCAUGUCCUUCUUCUACGUAGCAGGAACAUUCAUAGGAAGAUCCGUUGAGAAAAAACAGUGGACAAAGAAGGCAACUAUCUCCUUCGCUCUGAUGGCAGCAGCCGUAUACAGCACAUUCUUCUUCCUGCGGGUGUAUACAUCAGCAUAUAACAGUGUCCCCCUCAUAUGCCUGAUCUUCUCCAUAUACACAGUCUGCAUAUCCCCUGUUUUCCCGUUCUACGACGUCCUGGUAAUGCAUCACCUCCGGAAGGAGUACAGGGAGAUGGAGAAGUACGAGAGAAAGGAGAUAUUCACGCGCAUAAGAAUGUGGGCUUCAAUUGGCCAUGCUAUCGCUGGAAUUGCUAUACUGUACAUCUAUACGGUACUCAACGGAAAAAAAGAAAGUGAAGAGGAAAGGGCAGGAUCCGCCCUCUUUUUCUUCGUUCUUAUAGGCGUAAUGGCCGUGGGAUUGGGGGUUUUCGUUGCGAUCGUCCACUUUUCCCUGCAGGAGAAGACAGAGCCCCAGGAGAGCAGCCAGAAAACCCUCCAAAAGAAGGCAGGAAGUGCUGAGAAGAGUGUAAAACCCCAGCAGAACCUCCUGAAAAAUGGAGACUUUCUUUUUCUUCUUUUUGUGAUUGUCUCGAUAGGAACUACCCGGGGAAUAUCCUCGAACUAUCUCGUCACGUACUUGGCGAUGGAGUUUAACCUGCACUUCUCAAAAGUCACGUACGUCAUGUGCAUCCGAACAAUAAGCGAAAUGGCAAUUCUCUACUACAGCAAGCACCUUUUGAAGUACCUUGGAUACCACUGGCUUCUCCUCGGAUCACUUCUUGCAGCUACUCUGAGGGACUUCAACUACGCUUUCCUCCCGAGGACGUAUACUAUCGUAUUUGCUACCCUGGGGGAAGUCCUGAAGGGAGUCAGCUCCUCCUGCAUCGUCUUCAGUGCAGUAAAUAUUAUGGACGAAAUCGCAGAUGCGAAUAAUAAGGCACAGGCACAGACAAUGUACAGUGCGUGCUACAAUGGAGUGUCUAUUUUGCUUUCUUCUCUCCUGAGCUUGGCUAUUAUUCGGUACUUCUCGGAUCUGAGGGCACUUUUCCACGCGUCCUCAAGCAUUGGGCUUCUCUGCUGCUGCGUUAUUAUCGUUAAGUACGGACUUAUCCAGGGAAAGCUCACGCUGAAAAAGGCUGCCCAUAAAUAA